UCAAAUCAAAAUGGUAGGACAUCUAAUGUUGUUAAAAAUAUUACAUUACAAAUUACAUGGAAAAAGAAGAACAAGAAAUAACGGAAACUUAGAAAUCAGUCAGACUUCUUCUGAAACUAAAGCACCGUAUAUUAAAAAAGAAAUUAACGAUGAUGACAUGCAAACUAUUUGUAGAGUUUGCUUAAAAGAAGGAGACAUCCCUAUUUACGGUAAUGCGAUAGCGGAAGAUAUUUCAAAAGACCUAUGCAUGAUUGGAGAAAUUGAAGUUGCUGCUGACGACAAUUAUCCUAAAUUCAUUUGCCAAGCAUGCAAUACGCUUCUGCAAAAUGCAUUAUUACUUAGAAAAACAGCACAACAAUCGGAUAAGAUUCUACGUCAGCCACUGGGAAACGAUAAUGACGACAAUUUGAUGAGAAAUGACGACUUUGGCUGCUUCGAGGAUAGUGGGAUUAAAAAUCAAUCAACCCAAUACUAUUGUAGAAAAUGUGACUUAAAUUUUGAUACAUUUGAAGAAUACAGUGGACAUAGAUUAUCUGAAGAACAUGAAAACAUGAGACAAACUUGUCCAAUUUGUAAGAACUCCUAUGCCACAUUGUAUUUCAGGAGACAUAUGGCUCUACACAAAGUGGAUACACCGUACAUGUGUGAUAUAUGUGGGAAGAAGUUUAUUGUCCAAGGCCAGUUCACAAGACAUCGAAUGACUCAUUUCUACAAUCUCCCAUUUGAAUGUUCAUUGUGUCCUUAUAGGGGGAGGUUUAAAGAAUCAUUGAAAAUGCACAUGCGCUCACACACUGGGGAGAAGCCAUAUCAAUGCAGUCAGUGUCCGGCACGUUUUGUUAAUAAAAGUAACCUUAACAAACACAUAUUAACGCAUAAAGGGGAUCACGACUACAAAUGUGAAUCAUGUGGUAGAGGAUUUUAUACUAAAAGAGAUUUGGAUUUGCACUUCAAAGUAGAUCAUACUGGUAUAAAAGAUCAUAUCUGUAAUAUUUGUGGGAAGGCUUUUGGGUAUAGGAAACAGAUGAUGAAACAUCAGCUUAAAGUCCAUAAAAGGGAGAAAUUUAGAAGUGGAAGAAUGCCUUUAUAUUUGCAGUAUGAGUCUAAGAAAGAUAUAUCUGAAUGAUUUAAUUUCAGUAGCUAACAUGUUAUACAUCUAUAGUACA